GAACUCAUAUAAAAAGCGAAUUUAUUCCAACUAUCAUCUUCCUUCUCUGGCUUCGGCUUUUCUGCAUCGGAGAUCUCUCCGGAUCUGCUACGCGGAUUUCUCUGCUAAGCUCACCAUGACUCGAGGAAGUCAGAGAGAGCGUGAUCGUGAAAGGGCUCAAGCUCGUACCGGCGGUAAAGGAAAGACCAAAGACGACGGCUUAACUCCGGAGCAACGGCGUGAAAGGGAUGCAAAAGCAUUACAAGAGAAAGCAGCCAAGAAAGCUGCUCAAGCAGCAGGAGCAGCUAGUUCCGGAGGAGGAGCAAAAGGAAACAAUAACAAGAAAUAACAAUGAUUCCAAUAUUUUCUGUAAUACUUCUUUCUUUUGAAAAUUGGCAUUGCUUCUAUGUGGAACUUUGCUUUUGAAUGUGAAAGGUUUGAUGUUUGAAUUGUGGUGAUUGUUUUGCUUUCAUGUUGAAUAAUGACUCUUUGAGCAUCCAUCUGUGUUUAUCUUGGUGUUAAAACAUUAGAGAGUAGAUUAGAAGUAUACUUGUUCUUGAUUGAGAUUUGAGACACA